AUGUUGGAUUUUCAUUGCUCAACUUUCUCACUCGUUGUCUUUUUGCCCUUCUUCUUCCUUGUUAUUACGAAUGCGGCCACUGAGUUCGACUUCGGGACCCUGACUCUGAGCAGCCUCAAGCUCAUCGGCGACGCCCACCUCAACAAUGGCAGCGUCCGCCUCACCCGCGACCUCGCGGUCCCCACCUCCGGCGCCGGCCGCGUCCUCUACUCCAAGCCCGUCCGCUUCCGGCAACCCUCCUCCCCCUUUCCGGCGAGCUUCUCCACAUUCUUCUCCUUCUCCAUCACCAACCUCAACCCCUCCUCCAUCGGUGGCGGCCUCGCCUUUGUCAUCGCCCCCGACGACACCGAGCUAGGCGACGCAGGCGGCUUCCUCGGCCUCGAGUCGGGCUCGGAGCCCGGGUCGGGUUUCGUCGCCGUAGAGUUCGACACACUCAUGGACGUCGAGUUCAAGGACAUCAACAGCAACCACGUCGGCUUGGAUCUGAACUCCAUGGUGUCGACACGUGUCGGCGAUCUGAGCUCCAUCGAUGUCGAUCUCAAGAGCGGCGACCUGGUGAACUCGUGGAUCGAGUACGACGGGUCGAGUCGGGUCAUCAACGUCUCGGUCUCGUACUCGAAUCUGAAACCCAGAGACCCGGUCUUGUCCUACUCGCUCGAUCUGGGCCAGUACGUCAGCGAUUUCAUGUACGUGGGUUUUUCCGGGUCGACCCAAGGCAGCACGGAGAUUCACAGCGUCGACUGGUGGAGCUUCAGCUCGUCGUUCGAUUCGAUGCUUUCGCCAUCUGGGUCUUCUUCACCACCUCCGCCGCCUCCGACGACCACUCUGAUGAACCCAACUGCCAAUUCGGUUAAAUCUCCGCCGCCUUCAAUGCCUCCAAGUGGGUCCUCGGUGUCUAGUAACACUAGCGGUACGAAUCAGAAGAACAGUAAGUCGUCUUCUUGCCAUAACCACCUCUGCAGAGAAGGUCCAGGAGCUGUAGCUGGCGUGGUGACGGCUUCGGCUUUCGUUUUGGCUCUGUUUGCUGGUGUGUUUAUCUGGGUUUACUCUAAGAAAUUCAAACAUGUCAGGAAAUCAGAUAAUUCUUUUGCUUCGGAUGUCAUCAAAAUGCCGAAGGAGUUCACUUAUAGGGAGCUCAAGGCAGCCACCAAGUGCUUCAAUGCCAAUAGAAUUAUUGGGCAUGGCGCUUUUGGAAUUGUCUAUAAAGGUAUAUUACCAGAAACAGGUGACAUUGUUGCAGUGAAGAGAUGCAGCCACAGCAGCCAGGGGAAAAAACGAGUUUUUGUCGGAAUUAUCUAUAAUUGGAACUCUCAGGCAUCGAAAUUUGGUGAGGCUUCAAGGAUGGUGCCAUGA